AAUUAUUCAUGAGAAGAGAGCGCAACCAACCUAUGCGCAUCCAAAAACACAGUGUAUGUGAAUAUUAAAACACACUCUCCUGUAGCUAACUGCGGAAUCGGGGCAAACACAGAAGAAAAGAAAGGGUGCAAACCGGCGAGCUGAUUUCAGAUUAGAUUUUUAUUAGUACAUAAGUCAUUGAAAACAUUAUAAUUUUCCUGAAUAAACUAAGUUAGGAAUUUUUACGUUAUCUUUAAAGUCACGCUAUUCUCACGCGCGGCACGACAGCGUCGGUCAAAAUGGACGUGGACCCUGUUUCCGUCUCGAUAGACGCGGGCUCUGAUGCUCCUUCUCCUGCCUUCCCAGUAGUUUUAAGGAAAAUCAUGGAAAUUCCGCCGCCGAAUCUUCUCGAAGGUGAAGACGAAAAUGAUAAAGAGAAAAUCUUUGAGGAUGUGGACUCUGGAGGGGUCAGUGGAAUGGGACCAUCAGCUGCCUUAACACCUGCCAUCUGGGAAAAGACCAUUCCUUAUGAUGGCGAGACAUUCCACCUGGAAUACAUGGAUCUGGAGGAGUUCCUCAUGGAGAAUGGCAUUUCUGACGCAGAGGAUGAGGGUCUGCAAAAGAGUCUUGCGAAAGAAAACGCACAACUGACAACUGAAAAAUCGUCCACAACCUCUACAAGCAAGACAGACCCAGCAAUCUCUCUUAUGCCAGUCCUGGAACUGGAUCAGUGUGAGGAGGAAGUGGUCUCCAGCUCUAGCUCAACAGACACCAAAUCAGAUGAGGAGCGUGUGACGCCAGAGCCCAUUAAUCCAGAUGAUAUUGAGGUAGAGGUCCCCUAUGAGCCAGAUCCCACAGACCUUGUGCUGUCCAGCAUACCCGGAGGUGAACUGUUCAACCCUCGCAAACACCGCUUCUCCGAGGAGGAGCUGAAGCCUCAGCCUAUGAUCAAGAAAGCAAAGAAAGUGUUUGUGCCUGAGGAACAGAAGGACGAGAAAUACUGGCAGCGGAGGAAUAAGAACAACAUUGCAGCCAAACGUUCACGAGAUGCCAGGCGCCUAAAAGAGAAUCAGAUCACAGUACGAGCAGCCUUUCUGGAGCGAGAGAACUCUGCUUUGAGACAGGAAGUGGCAGAGUUGCGCAAGGACUUUGGGCGCUGCAAGAACGUUGUGGCACGCUAUGAAGCCAAAUACGGACCGCUUGCACCGGCUGAAGACUUCUAAACAAUUAUUGAUUUAUUUGCAUUUAUGAAAGGCAAUAAAUUAAUAAUGGUGUGGAAUGAAGAGGA